AUGGAAACCGGGCCAAUUCCACGCACGCCGCCACCACCUUAUCAAACCCUGCCUCCAACUCCAAUACCACAGAGUCAAUCCCCAAUCCAUGGGCCAGAAACAGCGAAUGCGCCUGCACAGUCCACGUUAAAUGCGGUUCUUCCGCCUGCUACAACAUAUGGUAAUGGUAUUCCGACUCAUACCCACCAUAUCCAUCCACACUAUCAUGCAAGUUUGAUAAAUCUACCCUUCCGACCUGUACACCACUGUACACAUCCUGUUCCAUAUCAACACCCAGUGAUGCCUGUGUAUUAUGCACACCAUGUCGAAGCUCAGCCACCAGCGGCGGCAAUUACACGACCACAGCAACGCCCGUGGCGGUCAUAUCUGCAGGUUGGUUCAAUUGCGGCUACCUUGAAUGACGCAGGGAAUCUCGCAGUUGAAGUAUAUGAUUCUAUAGCAAGUCCCAGAUCAACUAGGGAGCAGUAUGGAGGGGCGCUCGAUGCUGUGGCUAUGAGGUUGGAUAAUGUUCUUACUUCGAUGGAUGAUGGGACAUAUCAAGUCAAUUCAACGGAUUUGGCGAUGGCCGAGAAUCAGGUUUUUGACAACGCAGAUGCUACUACAUCAUCUGUGACUCUGACAGAUCCGCCUACUUCAUCAGAGAAGAAUCGUAACUAUUCGAGGCAGAGAGACCACAGACGACGACCCUCGUCCUCAACAAACAAUGUCAAUGCAGCGACUAUUACAUGCAUACCAGGAACAUUAACCAACCCCUUCUCCAAGGUCUACCACUACGCCAACGCUUACACCUCCUCUGCACUUCCUCCAUUGAAACUCUACUUUGCUACCUGGCCCCUGAUCUGUCUUGCAUCAACUUACUCCCGACGAGCUUACGAGAAACCAGCAAGCAAAGAACGUCAAAACUUCAUCUCGGGAGACUGGAGACGUGGUACAAAGACUGUUGUGUUGAAAUCAAUCCCUCUUGAUGAGAAGAAUACAAUCGUCCUAGCCAUUCGAGGGACGCAAAACUUUCAAGACUGGGCUGUCAAUAUCCGGACUGAGCCUACUGCGCCUACUAAUUUCCUUGAUGACGAAGGAAACUUGUGUCAUGCGGGUUUUCUAAGUGUUGCUAGAAAGAUGAUUAAACCCGUUGCCGCGCAACUGCGAGAUUUACUUCAAGAAAACCCUCGACGAGCGACAUGUUCCCUGAUUCUCACAGGUCAUAGCGCCGGCGGAGCAGUAGCAGCGCUUCUGUACUGCCACAUGUUAUCGCAAACGGUAACAAGCGAAUUGACCGAACUGCAGGACCUGUUCAAAAGGGUUCACUGCAUAACUUUCGGCGCACCCCCUAUUUCAUUACUACCCUUGCAGAAACCAACCGGGAAGACACGGUAUGAAAAGAACCUCUUUUACGGAUUUGUGAAUGAGGGCGAUCCGGUCGCUAGAGCAGACAAGACCUACGUCAAGAGUCUGUUAGAACUUUAUGCGCGACCGCAUCCUACGUCGUCACUGAAGCUGCCUUCUUGCUCCAACGAUAGUAAGGUCACGAUUACUGGAGGCAAAGGCAAACCAGCAUGGAAUGUCCCUGAAGCGACUCUCUCGUUGGCAGGACGUAUUAUCGUCCUUCGAACAAGGAAACAUUCUUCUUCCUCUCGUGGAUCGAAGCAUCAAGAUAAUCAACGGAAAGAUAGCCAAAGAAAAAGAACAACUUCUUCUUCGGAUAUCUCAAUUGAAGCCGUGACUGCUUCCGAUGCAGAGCUCAGAGGGUUGAUUUUCGGUGAUCCGUUGAUGCAUACGAUGGACUUGUAUGCCCAACGGAUUGAGCACUUGGCUACUAGGGCUGUUGUUGGGUCGAGUGCUGUGUAG